UCGCGGCCUUCCAGCGGGCUGCAGCCGCGUCGGCCCCAGCAGCGCCCCCAGAGCCGCGGGUACCGGUCGCAGGCGCUGGAGCUGCAGGUGCGGCUGCAGGAACAGCUGCUGGCCGCCGCAGCGCUGCAGCCCAGCGCGCCUCCGGCCGCCGGGCUCUUCCCCAGCAGCCCGGGGCCAGCCUUGGACGAGAGGCGACUUCCGCCCAGUUGGGAGGCGGCCGGCGCGCACGUGACUGAGGCGGAGCUGCGGGCGUACAGCGACGUCUUCGAGGCGAUCAUCAGGUGCAACCAGGCCUACGCGCCUGCGCUGCGGAAGGUGAAGGACGUGUACGACUGCUGCGCCGGCCCUUCAGUAGGGCGCCGUGCCGAGCGCGUGGCGGCCGCGCCCGGCUCGCGGCCGGCCGCGGAGGAGGACGGGCAGGUGCACCCAGAGCUCAGGGCGGCUUUGAUGGAGGAGGCCUCUAGGCGGGCCCUGGCGGGGCCGCGGGACGCCCGGGGUCGGCUGGAGGAGCUCGAGGCGGAGAACCGGCUCCUACGGGCCGCGGCCGCACGCUUGCGCGGGCGGGCGGCGGAGCAGUUGGCCCAGCCCGCGCCGUGCCCAGAGCCCGUGUCCUCCGUCCUGGCGCCUGCGAGGUCGAGGACCCGCUCAUGGAGUGCCAUGCGAGUCACUUCCAAGGGCGUCCGCACCGCGCUGGCGAGGGUGCACUGA